GCAUGGUUUAGAAAGAGAUUAGGAGUUUUAAUCGAAUUAACACCCGAAUUGUUUGGACAUUACACGAGAGACGGUUAUCUCUUGGCUCAAAUUCUUCACAGUUAUGGUAUCAUUAAUUGCGAUCAAUUGGAUACUAUCAUUCAGACAAAAGAUUCUACACUUUGUCGAGUAAAUUUGAAACAUUUACGUGUCUGGUUACGUUUUAUCGGAGUUGAUUGUACUGACGAUUGUAUCGGGGAAAUUAGUUGUGGCAAAGGUGCUACGUCUCUUCAAUUAUUUUAUAAAGUUUAUCUAAGUUUAGAAGACAAGGACAGUUUAUACUUUAUCACGUUACAAAAAGAACGAGAAAAGUAUAUACCCAGUUCAAGAAAAUUCGACGUGAUUCCUGUCCUUGAAGAACCCAUUCCAUAUGAAAUAUCUGAUCAUCCACUCUCAAAACCAUUGAAAAAAGCAACUAGUACAAUAGAAUGGCAUCGUAAUAAGUUUCAAAAGAUAUUAAAAUCAUAUCGUAAGGAACAAAAAUAUGAACAAACAUUAAAAACGAAGCAUCCAUUCGAUUGGAUCGAACCUAUUCCCCUUUCGAAAACAUUUUGUGAUACGAAGAACGAUGAUAUUUUAAAAGAGAUGAAUGAUUUUGCUAAUAAACAUCGUAUUAAAUCUUCCAAAAGUGAUAUUUAUGAUCCUUGCUUAACCGAUAAGUUAUAUGACGAAAUAGAAGUAUCCGAGGAAAAUCCUGAUGCAGCAAAAGCUUAUAUAUCCUGGUUGAAAAAUCGUAAAAGAAAAGAUAACAUUGAUAAUACUAUUAAAUCUGGAAUGCAAAAUACAUUGCUUUCUGAACUUUGGAAAACGUUGAUAGAAAAACGUGAGAAAAGUUUCGACGAGUUACUCGCACGUCGCGUACUUGAUCAGUCACAUUACGAGAAACAAAUAGUAACUAAAUUGUCGGAGGUUCUUAAUCAGAAAAAUGUUAUGACCGAAAACAGAAGGAUCGUUGAUGAGUUAAUGUUGGAUGCUAAAGAGAACAAAGCACGAUUGGAACAGGAAAGAAAGAGAGAGGAAUACGAUUGGGAAUACGAAAACGUUGAUAUGGAAUAUCGUAGAUUAUCCGAACUUCAUCGUAAAAUUCGUAAAGAGAAAUUAAACAAAUUACGAGAGAAACACGAAAGAAUUUGUCGUGAAGUUAUUGAAGAUUUGAUAGAUAUCGCAUUGAAAGUAGUUGAAUAUCGAAGUUCUAACGAAUGUUACGUGCCAAAAGCGAUUUGGAACGAAUGGAAAACGUUGUUCUUGAAAUGUCAGCCAAUAUUCGAUCCGUUCGAGAAUGAAUUUCCUAAAAAGGAGGAGAAAGAAGAAGAAGAAAAUAUCGAAGAAAUUGUUCAAUCACGAUUGGAUAGGGAAGAAGUAUUGAACGAAGCCAAUUUCGAAAGUUAUCAUACUUUACAAUCACCUUGGGACGAAUACGUUCCACCUAUGACGGAUCCUGAGAUUGAAGAAAUCUUGAAGUUAGGUGAACUUGUGUUAGGAUACAUCGUGCAUCGACUUUUAGAAUUUGUUUAUCCUUACCCGACUGGUUAUUUAGAAUCACCGGUACCUAAAGUUAAAACUGCAGCUAUUAUUUUAGGUAUAGUUGAGCCACGUUUAUACGAUUCUAUUGAAAUAUUAUUAAAUAAUAGUGGUAUUCGUUUGGUGUCUAUGAAAGAUGCCAUUAAUUAUUGUUUAUUACGAUACAAGGAAGAAAUGUUAGAUGUGGAAUACAUCGAUGCAAAUAUUAUUCGUGCUACCGAUGAUAUUGUCAAACGUAAAGUUGAUGAUUUGAAAAAGAAUACAACGACGAAAUCGAAGAAAACUCUUAAAUCUGAUAAAGUUUCUACACCUCGAGUUAUACCUUACGAUGACAUGAAUCCUAUUUUAAGCGAUGCUGCACACAUUGGAAAAUGGACAUACGAAUUUUUAAUACUCGGUCAACCAAUUUCUAACGAAUUGAAUACAAAAAUAAUUUUGGAAUAUCUCAAAAGUCUCGGUGAAAUCGAAGGAUGGGCAUUGAUCGAUUAUCCUAAUAAUUACGAUCAAAUGGCACGUUUGGAAUUUGCUUUAACGGGUUGUCCAAUUUUUCAACGCGAUUAUGAUUCUACUAACGUUGUAAAUUUCGAUAAAAUUAAUAUAGAAGAGAUAGAUCCGGUUUCGUCUAGGAUAAUUUACGAGGAUGAUGAAAUCGAUGAUUAUUCUAUUUACAGCUACAGGCAGUCAAAAUUAUUACCAAAUCCGAUAACCAAAGAAAAUGAUUAUACUUCAACGUCGACCUUUAUGACAACUUACGUCAGAGCUAUACCAAAACCAAUUGACCUUGACGUAGAUCCGAAUAAAUUGGUGGAAGUGUUGUCCGACGAUGUUACAGCUAUUGAUAAGUUUUAUAUAGAACAGAACAUAGCUUACGUUGUUUAUUACGAUUAUAUCGAUACAAAUAUCAUAAAGAAAAUAGUUAGACUCGUUAUCGAUGAUAAAUCUAUGCCAAGGACACCUUCCGUAGAAUUAUUCGGUGAGAGUGCAUUGAAGUUAUUGGAAGAACGUAAGGAACUGAAAGAUGAAAAAGUUUCCGAUGAUAACCUUGGUGUUCAUAGUGUACCAAAACCUGGAGAGGAUGCUUGGAAAUGGUUAGAUUUAUCAUUAAAUCCUGUAUUACUCGAUGCUUUGGCUACACUUUGGGAAAACUUGGAAGAAAUUUACAUUAACGAUUUAAUGGAAAUUUUGUCGUUAAAGAGAAUCCAUUCGAUUGCUGUUAUACCUUAUAAAAAUUUUCUAAUGAAUAAUAUGAUGAAAUUUAUUGACAGACCCGAUAUUAAACAGAAUUUAUUGAACGAAUUUCAAUUAAUGUUUAAUGAAAUAAACGAUGACAUGAGAAACGACGAAGAUGUUAAAUGCGAAUUGCAUUGCCGUUUGAUCGAAUUUCAAACUCGUUUGUUUGAUAUUUGCGAUUUAAAAAGACGCGAAGCCGAAGAGGAACGACGAAAAAUUGUUAACGAACAUUGGACCGAUUUCGAAGCUGUUAUACUCGUUAAUAUUUAUCUUUCGAUAAUUCAAAGUGAAAUCGAUCGUUUCGUAGAUACUAUUCAAAUGAUUCAAGAUUAUUAUACAAGUAUGCUUGAAAAAUCUAUCAAAGAAUUUAGAUUUUCUAAAAUUUUACUCGACAGAUUGAAUAUACGUGAGAUCAAAUCGCAAAUGAAUCAAAAUGUAUUUGAUAAUAUUACUAAUAUUACUACUACUAGGAUCGGUGAGAUCGGAAAAGAUAUGAAAAGAUCUAAUAAAACGAUCUCGGAUAAAUUUGAUUUUACAAAACCCGUCAUAAAUCCAAACGAUUUAAUCGAAGAAAUAACUAAUUUACUUAUCGAUGUUGUAAACUCAACGAUUUUUGUUACAAUCGAUAGUUUAAUUUACAAAAUUAUCAUCGAUAACGUUAAUUACGUAAAACAAUUUGUAGAAUUUAUUGCAACUAGUGUUAAUGAUACGAUGAGAAAAGAAGAAAAUCUUUCUACCGGUAGGACAAAAAUUCGGAAAAAAGUUGAUUUGUCAGCUACGGCGGCGGAUGAUCGGAUCGAUGGAAAAUUGACGAAAAUUAGAAUGCAGGAUCUUUUUCAAGAAUGGAGAUAUGCUACUCUAUUUGAAAUCAAUCGAAUGAAAAUGAGAUUGGAUAUUAUCGUGGAAUCCGCUAAAGCCGACAUUGAUUUUCUUCUCGAAACAAUGCGAUUAACGUUUCAUCGAAUUUACGAGAAAAUAAUCGACAGGUUUUUAAUCGUUAUAUAUAUAAAAAAAGAAAAAAAGAAAAAAGUCUUGAAUUGA